AGUGCACACGAAUUUUCAAAUAUAUAUAAAAAAUAAGUAAUUUUUAACAUUAUGAAAUUAUGGACAACAUUUUUUCUCUUUUCGUCGUACAUGUAUUGUAAUUUACAAUUUGUCCACUCUAUUGAUAUAAUUGUCCCAUUUAAUUUCAUAUUCUGUCCUCUUCGUUAAUAGAAUUAUCUCAGAUACCCAGUUUGUUCUAAAAGAUCUAAGAUAUUCUUCAUUCCACACUGGUAAACUAUGUUAUCACACUGAAUAUUUCCGUUGUUCCGGGAGAUUAUGCUGCGAGUCCUCAGAUGACCGCCAAAGAUCCAGAGAUAACAAUUAUAUUACUAAGUUUGUAUCUGUUUUCAGGUACUAAUUACUGGAAGCUAUUAGACAUGAUCACAUAUGAACUUCAAGAAUUGUUCAGUUCAAGUUCCAUCUAACGUUUAUAUUUUCAAGUUAAGGAUUUUUAUAUGCAUAUCUUCUACGUUCUCCAAGGGAACUAAUAUGUUUUAAACCAAAUAAUAUAUAAACAUAGAUAACAACAAGUGAUCUUUUUCUACCAAUAUGGGCAAGACUUGUAGUCGGAAACGGAUAGGAAUAAUUUGUUUAGUGAUAGCUGUUUUAGCGGCAAUUCUAGUACCGGUGGCAUAUGAAGCGACUAGACAGGAUAAAAGGAAGGAUACAGGGAGUAAAAACAACGACGGUGGCAUAAAUACACCUCAAGCACCAGGAAAACAAACCCAAAGAAUUGAUUGUUUUCCCGAAAAUGUAGGAUUGACAGAAGAUAAAUGCAAGGAUAGAAAUUGUAUUUAUGACAAAUCAGUAACAAUUGCUGGAGUUCCUUCCUGUUUCUUUCCUGUCAAUAAAGACUAUGGAUUUUCAGCAGAAAAGGGAAGUUCGACUACACCACUUGGGUAUAAAGUAAAUCUUCAACAGAAAGGAAAUUCACCGUUCGAAUCGAGAAGUCCUCGAUUUGUGGAGCCUACUUUUGAAGUGCAAUUCCUUAGUGAAAACUUAGCCCGAUUAAAGUUUUACGACAAAGCAAAUACAAGAUAUGAAGUGCCAGUACCGUUGAAUAUCCCAAAAACUCGAGCGGAAGCUUCCAGGAUAAAUUAUGAAGUUAAUAUCGUGGACAGAGAUGAUUUUGCAUUUGAAAUCAAACGUCGUUCAACGGGCACUGUAAUAUUUGAUUCGAGAGUAGGUGGACUUACACUUUCCAACCAGUUUCUUCAAAUUUCUACUCAACUGCCAUCUUCCAACGUGUAUGGAUUUGGUGAAAAUAUUCACAAAAGUUUUAAACAUGAUCUGAACUAUAAAACAUGGCCCAUGUUUUCUAGAGACCAAGCUCCAGGAUGGACAGAUUUGUAG